CACAGUUUAGCCUCCGCUUUCCUCACUGACGCCAGAUCUAAUUCUAGUCAGCUCACUGUCUGCAGGCUUGCUCCGGCUUGCUCCGGCUUGCUCCACACAGAGGCCCCGCUUCAGGAGGCGGCCCGUGCAUGCACCGGAGGAACCACUUGUUUACUCGGCACGGCAACAAGUGAGACGUUUGAGAGGAGAAAAUGAGCGUGGACAUCAAUUCUCUGCUGUCACACUUUGGUAUUUCUGCCACUCUGAAGGAAAAUAAACAGCGGGCGCAGUCUGUCAGCGGUGUUUGGCACUCGUCUCUGAUUAGGAUUAAUUGAUUUUUGAUUGCGUGCCUCAUUCCGGCCUGAUCGGUGUUUCGGUGUCGUGUCUCCAGAGGCUCUUGCAGGGUGACAGAUGCAGACGCAGUCAGGGCCAGAAGAGAGUCAGUGAGACUGCGGGUGUCCACUUCCCCACACACACACACACACACACACACACACACAGGGAAACAGAUCACAUGUGAGAACAGUUGUAUCAACAACACCUCCACCCUGCUGCGAUAAUGAAAGGCGGGUGAUGGAGACUCGAGUAUCUGUGGGGAAAAAGAUCCUGAGAGUGUGUUGAAAAUGAUGUGAGCGUUUUAAGAGCAGAGCCCUGUUGCUCUUAUUAAGGCGCCAUGUGAUUCGCUGAUACGAGUUUCAGGGAAAUGAGAGCUCACUCCCUCCUCCCUCUCAUUGUGUGACAUGCAUGUGAAGGCCGGACGAGGCCCGGGUGCCCCUGGGAAAGGCAUGAACUAAUUUCACGCUGACAAUUCAGAGAAUUUAAUGAACCCGAUGGAAAACAAUCAGGCCUGUUUUUUUCAGUUCACACCCUGCACACAGAGUAAUACUGGCAAUGAAAAAUCUUUAUGAAAAUGUUAUAUUUAGUCGCACAAUGUUGUGGUAUUAAUGAUCCGUUUCUGCCCGCUGAAGUUCCUUUUCACCUCAGCUUUGGGGGGCUGAAUGCAGUGGUUUUAAUUAGGCAGACAGACGGAAUAAACAGCACAGCGAGCAGCUGGGUGACCAAUAAUUAUCCCACAAUAUGUCACAAUACUGAUGCUGUGCAAUGUUUCAUCAGGUACGAAACAUCAGCAUAAGAAUGACAUUAAAUACAUAACCAGUAAAACACACAAUUAUUCAGUGUCCAGUAUUCAUUACAGUGGAGUCAUCAUCAGCCACAGGUGACAACACUUGAACAGCACACAAAAUGGAAAACAGUAAGAGAAAAAUUAAAUAAUUAAAUAGUGAAAAUAUAAUCAAUUUAAAAAGGGGGGUAAAAAGACAAAAAAAUUAAAAUAAAAGCUAUCAGUGAAGUAAAUUUCAGGUUAAUAAAGAUGUUCAAUUAAGUAUUUUUUGUAUAACAUCUUAAAAUAAAAAAGCAAAACUGCAGUUUCAGACCUGAUUUUGUUUUUACAUUUCAGCAUCUUAAAGACACAACCUGCAAUUUAACGUCAACUUGGAGAGAUUGGAAGCUCUAUCUAAGCCACGUGUUCUACUGUUAGUUUACAUCAGUAAAGGACACACAGCAGUUCCACAGGCCUGUAGCUAUGUUGUAUUAAUUGAAAAACACUCAAAAUGGUGUUUUAAUGCUGUUGAGUAUUUGAUUUGACCUUAAGGAGAAAUAAUGAAUUAAAUGGAAAACAUAAUCAAUUAAGGAACAAACAAACUAAGUGAUCGAAUGUUUCGCCAGAAGGAGUCCCAAAUGUGUAUUAAAAAGAGUCUGCAUAGAGGUCUAAAGGGCUCGGCGUCCCUCCUGUUUCCAGUAAAAUGGUUCAGUCCCGGCUGCAGAGGUCUCACUCUCUCAAUGAUGCGGGGGACCGAAAACUGAAAACUGAAAUACAGACCUGAGCCUCAUCAUCAGUCAUGUCUCAAUGUUUACAAUCCCUCUUGUGUUUGCAAUUUAAAGCCUACAUUAACAAAACCCAUACAUCAGCCGUCAGUUUUAACUAGAAAUAAUACCAUUCAAAUAACGAUUUAAAAACAUAUUGGAACACAAAGAAAAUUGGUCAUAAAAAAUUAGAAGGAGAAGAUCGUAUGGGUCAAAAUGACAAACAUAAUGCAUUUGGCGUCAUGAUUUCCUUGUGUUUCAGAUAUUUUUUACUUCUUUGUUUUUACCACAGUAUAAAAAUGUCAGUAUUACCAAAACACAUAGCCUACUUAAUGUAUCGAAAUGCUUAUAAUGCAGAGUGGUGUCAGUGUAUUAAUAAUAAUAUAACAGUUAUAUAUACAGUAUAUAUAAAUUAAAAACUGUUAUAUUAUUGGAUUAUUAUUAUUGAUGUAUAAGUCAAUAAGUCAGUGAAUCACUGCUCCCAGAUGUGAUAAAUGAUACAAAAGAAUACGACUUAUGUCUGUGGAAUAUUCCCAGAAAUAGGAUACGAUAAUACAAUUAUAACAGUCUUGGACUACAACCAGAGCCCACUUUUGCCAGACGGGACUAGUUAAAGCUGCGGAGUGAGACCUCCUCGCGAUCUUUACAGGCACACGAGCUUUGGUUGCUGUCAACGUUGCCUCGUUGUCUCGUUCUGAAAGCGGCUCGAGGAGCGACAGCCUCUCCCUCCAUCCUCAGCUGCUGGAGCCGAGGCCGGUGAGGAGAAAACGGAUCGGGGACCCGGAUGGUCUCCGGUGAACCCACAGACGCGCAAAACCGUCGACCGGGAGGGAUCGUUUUAUUUUCCGCGUUCGUGUCGGAUCGUAACGGGGGCACGCUGCAGCAGCGGAGAGAUGCUGUCAUGCAGACAGACGUCAUUGAUUUAAAAGGCACACAAUAAAAAAUACUGCAGUGACAUUAGCUGGGGCUCGUUACUUUCACCGGAAUCACUGAGGCGGGAAUAAACCCCGGAUCGAUGUGACAUGAUGUCUGCAGUGAACCAUCGAGGAAGUGAAAUGCAACCCAGGGCAGAGAUUCAUCACAUCCGCUCUGCCUGCAAAUCUUCUCCCUGAACUAACGCUGCUGAUCACGUUGUCAUGUCACCGUGAUCCGACGAGAUUUCUGUUUUUGAAUGAGGGACAACUAGACGGAUGAUCCGCAAAGUGUUUAUGAUCAAUCUGAAUGCUUUAUGCAGAGAUUCAGGUCAACUCAAAAUCUCACUUUCUGCCCAUUUGAUUCAAAGUUGAUUAACGCUUCUAAUUCAUUAGAGUAGUUAAAUGGAUUUUAUUGAUGCUGUAGGCAAAAUUUCAACUUCAAAUUUGAGAUUAAAAGUUCAUUUCUGAGAUGAAGCAAUCUCUCACCACAAGGUAGUGGAGCUGGAGCUUUCAAUCAUAUGACACGAUUGUCCUCAGCAGAACGGAGUCUGAAAUACACAAAACGCAUUCAAGUUGAGCUUAAAAACACAUACUUUUCAUGAGGACAGCAGGUCAACACUUGACAUUUGAAGGCUGAAGAGCGACAACAACAUCAAAGCAUCUCUGUACAAGGAUGAAUGAGACUUUUGUUCAAGACAUAUCUGGGGAAAAAAAAACUGUUGGACCACGCCUGAACUAAAGUCCAGUCAAAGGUUCUUUACUCUGAACACUUGUGAUUUCAUCCUUCAAUCCAAAGACGGCUUUUAGACGCGACAAAAGAAAUUGACUUGACUCUGAAGCGCUCCUAUAUUAUUGGUCCUCCGUUCAUUGCAACGUGCUGUUGUGAUGCUGGACGUGGUGAAGAUGAAGGAGGCAUGCAGGAUCUGCGCCCGCGAGCUCUGCGGCAACCAGCGCCGAUGGAUUUUCCACCCGGCGGCCAAGCUCAACCUGCAGGUGCUGCUGUCUCACGCCCUGGGCCACGAGCUGAACCGGGACGGCCGCGGGGAGUUCGCCUGCUCCAAGUGCGCCUUCAUGCUGGACCGCAUGUACCGCUUCGACACGGUCAUCGCCCGCGUGGAGGCGUUGUCCCUGGAGCGUCUCCACAAGCUGCUGCUGGAGAAACACCGGCUGAGGCAGUGUAUCGGAGGUCUGUACCGGAAGAACAACGCAGAGGAUGGGAGCCUGGCUCCGCCUGGGUCCGUUGUGGUGGUCGUUGGGAUUGAUGCAGAGUCCGAGGACUCGCCUGUGGUGGAUCUGUCAGCCCUGCAGGAUGGAAGAUACUCGAAUAUGAUCCAGGAUGAUCUGACUUACUCGGUAUAUGAAUCCUGGGCUGAUAAGGAGGACCCGGCCCUGGACCACCACACCCAUCACAACCACCACCACCAGUGCACAGGAGCAGACUCUGUCUCUGGCCAGAAGCCGAGGCGGUGCAGGGGUUGUGCGGUGCUCCGUGUUGCUGAUUCCGACUACGAGGCAGUGUGUAAGGUGCCUCGCAGGGCUGGACGCAGGAGCACGUCCUGCGGUCCAUCUACCCGCUACUCAACAGCCACUCUGGGAGUCGAGGAUUCUGGCAGAACCUCUGAAGAGUCUGAGGCUACAGCGGUCGCCUUUGAGUCCUCUUCAACCGAGUUGGACACUGAUAAGGUCAUGUGUGACAGAACGAGUCCCAGCCCGGCAUCGUCCGUAGAAUCUCUUGACACAGCCGUGGACGUGAGUUGCCUUCCCGUGAACCACAAAGAAAGAGACGAAACUGGUCCAGAGGAGGCUCCAGCGAGAAGGGACGCUCCUUGGGACAAACCCCCGAGUGAGAGCUCCCUCUCCGGGCUCGAGAUGAUGCUGAGCCUCCUGAGGGGCUGGGAGUACCGGCCAGUGAAGCCCCAAAGGGGCAGCAAGCUCCCAGUUCUGAGCAAAACCAAACUGGAGCAAGGCCUGUUGCUACCCCUGCCCAUCCAACUGGGGUCGCCCUUUGGAGGGCCAGCAGACUGUGAGCUGUACUCCCACCAGCCCGUACCAGAGAUCGUGACCCCGUGUCCCCAGCAGGAGCUGCAGGCGGAGCUGGACGAGAUGGAGGAGCAGUGGCUGGAUGAUUAUGUUCAGUGCGGUCCAUUCCGCUUUCAGCAGAGGCUGAUUGAUGAGCAGGAGAGCCAGCUCAGUCAGUAUGAGAGCAACGCAGGUCAGUGUGUUGGCGAGCUGCAGAAGGCCCAGGACCAGGUCUGCUCGCUCCAAACCAAGAUCAGAGAGAGUGAGACCAGGAACCAGAAGCUGCAGGAGCGUCUCGGUGAGAUGGAGUUGGAGCUGCGUUCGGCCCAAGAGGAAGCCCAGCGACAGGAGAGAAGCAUCCAGAACAUCACUGAUGCCGUGAACUCCAAGGAGACAGAGGCUGCGGAGCUGUAUCGGGUGAUUGAGGAACAGAAUAAGAUGUUGUGUUCUCUCAAAGAGCUCGCCAACCGCAACCAGCUGCAGCAGCUGCAGGUGUCUGGUGCGGACAGUAUUCGCGGUCAGGGCGAGGUCCUGGCUCUGCAGGCGUCUCUCUUCCGGGCUCAGCUGGAGCUGCAGGCCGGUCAGCAUGCGCAGCGGCAGGCGGGCAGGACGCAGGAGGACCUGAGCCGAGCCCUGCAGAGGCUGGACAAAGACCUGCAGGGGGCGCUGCAGCACAGGAGGGAGACGGAGAGGCACAACCAGGAUCUGCAGCUGGCUCUGGAGACGGCUCGAUCGGCCCUGCAGGAGAGAGAGGAGCAGCGGAGGGAGGCCGAGGGAGAGAGAGAGAGGCUGGACGGGGAGAGAGAGAGGACCAUCAGAGAGCUGAGGACCUCCCUGCUGACCAAAGAGCAGCUGGUAGAGAACUACUGUGAGCUGUUGGAGGAUCCAAAGGAGAAGAGAGACUCUCUGCUUCACAAACUCCGCCAGCGCAUCAGGGAGAGAGACCGAGCUCUGGAGCGAGCGGUGGACGACAAGUUCCGCAGCGUGGAGGAGAAAGAGGAGGAGACCCGCCGGCUUCAGCUGCUGCUCAGAGAGAAGGAGAGAGACCUGGAGAGGCAGCGCUGCGUCCUGUCAAACAACGAGGAGACCAUCACUAGCCUGGAGGUGCUGGUGCGUGGUAAGGCUUUGCAUCUGGAGCAGGUGUGCGACGCCUGGAGGAACAUCCAGCGGCAGCAGCAGGAGGGCGGAGAGAGACAGAGCAGCAUCCUAAGAGAGAGAGACGGCAUCAUCAGCCAGCUGCAGGCGGCACUGCACGCUCGCACGCAGGAGGCCCAGGACCUGCGCUGCUCCAUACUGGCUCAGAUCCAAUCGGCUCCCAGCGAUGUUCUGGAGGAGCUGAAGGUCCGCCUCCAGCUCAAAGACCGCCUCUUCCAGGAAGUGCUGGCCGACCGAACCAACCAGGCCCAGGGGCACCAGGAGCAGGUCCAGGAUCUCCUCAGAACCAUCAGCUCCAGGGACCAGUACAUUCAGGACUCUGCGGGCCGGCUCGGCGAGGUGAUGACCGAGCAGACUGGGAGGCUCCAGGAGCUCCGCAGACAGCUGAGCUCAGGUGUCGGAUCCAGGUCCGACUCUGGACCGGACUUGGCUGUUGAGCUCCAGGUGGUGCAGGAGGAGCUGCGUCUGGCUCUGAGGAGGGGGCAGGAGAGCCAGGAGCUGAGCAGGAAUCAGGCCAGUAAGGUGGACUCCCUCAGCAGGACGCUGCAUGUGAAGGAGGAGAUCAUCAGGGACUUCCAGAGGCAGAUGGUGGAGCCCUCCGGUCUCCCGCUGUUAGAGCGUUUGACCCAGGAGGUCCAGGAGCUGAGGGAGAGCCUGGUCCAGCGGGACGGUACCCCGGCCAGAGGCCCCAUCCUGGGCCGAGACCGGCCCAACGGCAGGCAGCCCGAGUUUGGAGAGCUGAGCUCAGAGGAUGAAGACGAGGCUGAUGAUGAUCUGAACAGCGAGUGCACUGAGAGCGUCGAUGAGGAGGAGUCCAAGCUGAGGGUCCAGUCCGUGGCCAACACCAAGGGUUCUGGAGGUACAAGAAAGCCUCCGCCCCAGGACCUGUUGUUUGAAGGCCAGGGACUGACGGAGGUCAAGCAGCUGGUGGAGCAGAAGAGGGCGGUGGAGAGAGAGCUGGGAGAGCUGAAGGCUCAACUGGAGAAGGCCGGCUUCUCCUCACUUUCACAGAUGAGGAAAGCUCUGUUCAGCCUGCAGGCAGAGAACGGAGAUUUGAGGCAUCAGCUGAGUGAAGGCCCGCAGCCCGACAGUAAACAGAGUGAUGAGCAGGAGGUGUUGGAGGAGGAGUUGGAUGUGACCAUAGAAGGGACGGAGGAGGAUGAAGAGGAGGAGGAAAGCUCUGAGAUGUGGGACACUUGGGACAGCGAGCCGUCUCUGUCGCAGACCAACAUCCAGACCAGUGAUGAGCAGAGAGCCAACAGACCCGAGUCACUGCACCUGCUCGCCAACUCCUCACAGGAUGUCCUGGACAGCGAGCUGCCUGCCGGUCAGCCGCAGGGCGCCGUGUCCUCUGUGACGCCCGAGAAGAAGGUCCGUCUGCAGCAGAAGAGCAAAGAGCUGCAGGAGAGACUGAUGGUGUCUGAAGCCACAGUGCAUGCUCAGGCCGAGCAGCUCAAAGACUACAGGGAGCUGUUCACGGAGACGGCAGUGCAGCAGGACAGUAAGCAGAUCCAGGUGGACCUGCAGGACAUGGGCUACGAGACCUGCGGCCGCAGUGAGAAUGAGGCCGAGAGGGAAGACACCAGCAGCCCAGAGUUUGAUGACCUGGAGAUGUGCACGUCUCUGGACUGCGGCUCCCAGUGGUGGCCUGCCGGCAGUAGCGGUGGCGGCGGCGGCUCCACCUUCACUAAAACCACCACCCAGAGCUCCGGAGACGAGACGUCAUCUCUCCAGCGCCUCGUCGAGGACCUUCGCUCCCAGCUGUCCCGCUCUCAGGGAGUGAUCCGCGGGCUUCAGAGCCGGCUUCGGUCCCUCUCCACCUCCAGCGACUGCGGGCCCUCCACACCUCGCAAGGUCAACUGGUCCUUCCAGGCCUCACCCUCCCAGAGCGGGGCGGAGGAGGACGAGGGCUGGCAGUCAUCCGACGGAGGCCCUCUGGCUUCGCCCCGACACCCUCACCCGGACAAGGGCCUGCGGGAGCUGGUGUCCCGCGUGGACGCACUGGAGGACCAGCUGAGGAAAGGAGGGAAAAAGUCUGUCAGAGAGGACUUAAAGUCUGCCACCUGGCCGGGUAAAUUCGACACUCUGAUCCAGGCUCAGGCCAGAGAGCUGUCUCACCUCCGCCAGCGACUGAGGGAGGGCCGGGGCGUGUGCAACAUCCUCACCCAGCACCUGGGAGACACCACCAAGGCCUUCGAGGAGCUGCUGAGGGCCAACGACAUCGACUACUACAUGGGCCAGAGCUUCAGGGACCAGCUGGCUCAGAGCGGCGCUCUGGCGCAGCGGGUCAGCGCAAAGAUCAGCGGACGAGAUCAUCCUGAAGAUCCAGAUGAGAAGACAGAGCUGCUCGCCAUCCGGCUCAGUAAGGAGCUGCAGCAGAAAGACAAGGUCAUCGAGUCUCUCCGCACCAAACUAAACCAGCAUCAUCACCAUCAGCGCUCUGACACGCCCAGCAGCAGCCACGCCCUCUCCGACACCACCGACCAAUCGGAUCGCAUCUCCUAUGUGUCCGACGAGCACGGAUCCACGAACGGGGACCUGGAUCCUUGCUCCGACGUGGACGCUGCCAGCGAGCUCGGCCAGAAGGACACACGGACUUGCACCAGAGUCGCCACAGAUUGCCACUCCCACAGUGGCACCGUGUCACAUCAUGCGUCUGUACCAUCCGUCACCUCAUCCCAUAGAACCUGCCUCAGCUGCCCCAGCAUGCAUUGCCCCAGCUCGCCGCACAAGCCCGCAGACGUGCAGGGUCAGACAGCUCCAGCCUCAGUCUUCACCUCUGCCCCCUUCCACCCUCCACCCUCCUCCUCCUCUUUCUCCUCCUCCACCCAGAGGGUACCUUUGCCCUUCCAUCCCCACCCCGCUACCCUGCGCACCCGUUACCCGGGCGAUGGGGGAGUGGGUUUCUCCCUGGCUGAGGUGCAUCAGGAGCUGCAGAUGUUACAAAGGCAGCUGGGAGGCAAUGAGAGGUUUUCCACUCCCCAGUCCAAACCUCUUCAGGGUUUCCCGUUUGCCCAGCAGCAGCCCGACUCCUCCGCCUUUCUGCCUCUCUCCUACCAUGGAUACCAGCCUUCUCCUUUCAGCAGCGCUACCAGCGGCGGUCUGGAUGCCGGCUCGGCAAUGAAAGCCGGGGCCAGUCUGUUGGAGAGCAGUGCAUUGUGGGAUAUGAGCUAUGGUACCCGACCGGUGAGACUCGGAGCGGACCUGUCCUCGGGAUCCUCGGGGUACCAGUCCGGCGCCAGUAACACAGGUUCAGACUUGAUGAAGGAGCACCUGAGAGAGAUCAGGAGUCUGAGACAGAGACUGGAGGACUCCAUCCAGACCAACGAUCGCCUCCGGCAGCAGCUGGAGGACAGACUGGCUCACACCGCCACUGAGAAAGGGGCUCCUACCAACAUCUACAUCCAGGGUCUGGACUCGGUCGGCCAGCUGUCCAGUGAGAUCAGACUUCUGAAGGAAGAGAACGUCAGUCUGCAGAACCAGCUUAAACAGGCCCCCAGAGAGGGCAGCAAGGAGGCGGAGCAGCUGAGGGGGGCGGAGCUAGAGGCAGAGAGGUGGGCGGAGCAAAGCAGGAAGCUGCAAACUGAGGCUGAAGCUCGCAGUCAUGAGAAUACAGAACUGAAACAGGACAGACAGAAGAACCAGGAAGCCAUCAACAGACUCCAGCAGGAGGUGAGCGUCCUCCAACAGCAGCUCUGUGAGAGCCACAGUCUGGUCCACUCUCUUCAGUGUGAGCUGCAGGUCUACCACAGAGUGUGUGGAGUCAACACAAACACACACCCAGCAGGUCAGGCCGGUGAUGGUGCCAAACCUGGACGCAGCGCUGCGACUUUGGACCCCAGGGAGCUGCACCUUCAGCUGGAGCAGCAGCUGAGCGGACAGGCCGACACACAGCCUCGAUCCAGGAGACAGCUCUUCAACGAAAACGUUCCCUCCCCCCCUGUGAGAGACACUGGGCUCAUCAGUCCUUCCUCUCCUCGACCUCAUGCACAGAAGCAUGCAGCAGAAACUGGAGCUGCCGGUCAAGCCUCGACACUGCAGGGCCAAGCUCCCGACGGCUCAUUCGCCAACCGUCACGGCCGCCAUGCAGUGGGCCAUGUCGAUGACUUCAAGGCUCUGCAGCAGCAGAUCCUGGAGGGCAGCGCUCUCCUCCGCAAGAUGGAGACUACAUUUUAUUCCCUGAACACCCCGCAGGAGUUCAGCCUUCAUCAGCCCUCAGACUCAGACUCUGUCAGCAAGCUGCUGUCUGACACUAAAACCCUGCGAGAGAUCCUGGAGGAGGCCGGCGCUCUGCUGCAGAUGUUCUGGAGAGCAGCUCUUCCAAACCACGAGGAAGCCAAGCAGGACCAGUCUCUGAGGGAGGAGGUUGUCUCGCUCCGUCUGAUGCUCUCGGAGCAUGAGCAGGCUCUAAAGGACGCCAUGGAGAGAGUGAAGAGCUCUGACCGCACCAAAGAUAGCAUGGAGCACUUUAUAGUCAACCAACUGUCGAGAACACGGGACGUGUUGAGGAAAGCAAAGACAAACUUGCAGUCUCCUCAGGAGAACGAGCUCAGGAUUUCCUCCCUUCGCUGCGCCUCUUUCUCCCCCUCCCCCUCCCCCUCCUCCUCACACCCCUGGCCUGUUAAAGGUGAAAACACGGGAGGCUUCUGUGAGCUCGCCUUCUCUCCUGGUUGGGGUGUCAUGAAGCCGCGGGCUUCCUUCUCCUCCUCCUCCUCUGCUGUCCAGGGACAGUCUCUCUACCAGCGCCCCCUGCAGUCAGCCUUCCUGUAGUGCACCAGCCCCGAGAUCCUCCUCAUCUCAUUGUUGAAACAGAAAACACAGUAAAUCCUGGCUCUCCUCUCAGCUGGAGAGACAUUUCAGUUGAGUGACUCCUGUCUGUGUGUGUUGAGAGAUUUCUGCUGGUUGAUGAAAGUUUAUGAAUGAAUGAAUGAUGUAAUAGUUUUAAUAUUGGUAUAAUGUGUAUAGGUUUUCUGUGGGCUUUUGUUGAGGCCAUCAACUGAAGUGUUUUCUCUUGUUUAUGUGAGACCAGUCUGAGUUGGGCUGGAGUUGGGUUAUGAGUCAUAGUUUCUGAUUAAGCCUUUUUUCAGAGAUCAAACAAAUAUACAAUCAGAUUUAAAACAGCGUUGGGCUCCCAGAGACAGUUUAUUCCCGGUUUGGUAAGUCUACAUGAACAGUUUUUAAUGGUCUCAUGCAGUCUAAGUACAUGAAAAAACACGAUUUUUUUCUUGUUUUUCCUAAAUUCUAAUUUGAUAUCUUUUCUCUGUUAGACAAAUCGAAAUAACCACUUAGGAAAUAUUCUCCCAUAACUCUCCCAUUCAGAAGCCAACUUCAGCCUCGUACUUCAGCAGGGAUUCGAUGAAAGUAAAUCCGUGGGAUGCCAGCAGGAUGGGGGCUUCAAAAAAGCCAAACCCAAACUGCAAAGUGCUUCCUCUCAGCCUCUGUCGAGGCUCAUGUAUGUAGUUAGUGUGUAGAAUAGUUGCAUGUGGUUUGAGCAGCUCGUGGAAACAAAGCCAUACUCUCUGACGGUACAGUAGAUAUGCUUUUGCUUUGUCCUAAUUGUCAUAAAAAUGGCCAGCUACUGAUAGCAUAUUUGAGAAUAGUGUAGAACUACCAAUAGACAGUUUGGUCAAAUAGCUGGUAGAUGAUGUUCUCUUGCAUUUACUCAUAAAUAAAACACCAAUUAAGGAUUUAGUUGCUCUUUAAACUCCAGAGUAUUACUGUUAAGUAUGGAGUCAGUUCUCUUCAGAUAUUUAAUAAUGAAUAUGGGUCCAACCCAGUUUCUCCUGCUGAAACGCUAACCUGCAGUGUUGGAAGGCCUUCUGGUGAAGCUACUGUAACAUAAAAAAACAAGCACAUGUAACAGACUGUCAUGGAGCUGCUCAGCGGUUUGUGUGAUGCCUUCAGUGACCUAUCCGAUAAAAGAAAUUCAUUUUAUAGUGUACGGUCCAACAGCGAUGACAUUUCAUUUUUGUAUCUAGGAAAAUGGACCACGCUUUUAUCUCUUUUUUUCAUAUUUCUGUCCUUUUGCUGUUAUUUCUUUUAUCUUUUAUUAAAUUUGUUAAUGUCUUUAUGUUUGAAUUAUGUUUGAAUGUCCCUCAAGAUGACAAUCGGUUAAAACAUUUUUAAUACAUAACAAUCGCCAGGGAGAAAUGUCUGUAUGUAAGGAUUACUUCUUCCUAACUUCUGCAGGAUUGGUGACACUCACUGUGCAAAUGAACUUUUCUGACAUCGGGUGUUUUACACUGGCCUCUCCAAAUUGUAUUUCUCCUUUUUUAUUGUGGGAGUUUUCCUUGAUUUCUCUGUAUUGUAGCUUAGCUGUUUCUUUUUGUGCAUGGACUGUGUCUUCACUGCCCUCUGAUACUUUUACUGAUAUAUGCAAUUUUUGGGUUACUGUGCAAUAAUAAGCUUUGUGGUUGCUUUUUUGUUGAUAUUUUAGGCCUGGGUAUUAAAGUGCCAUGUCAUCUGUUUAGCUCUGAGGCUGAAUUGAUUUCAAACGUACUUUUGUUUUGUGACAAUCAAAUUGAAGCAUAUUUAUAGGCCCACGUAUCUUUGGCUUUACAUGAAUCUGAGUUUUAUAUACAAUGUGGAAAUAAGGCAAAGUAACAGGAUACAAGCAUUGUAAUGAUAUAUUUAUGAAGCAAUAAGAUCAACCAAAGUGAACAACUUUUAUGUUGUUAAAUCAGGUGUAAAAUAAUCAAGUUUAGAGAUUUCUUUGUAUACUUUCCCCACAGGUCAAAGGUCAAACGUAGUGUCUUUCUCAGUGUGUGUGUGUGUGUGUGUGUGUGUGGUUUUAGGUACCACAUCUCAUAUAUGUACAUAUUAAAGGGAGUGUUCCUCAAUGCAAGUUGUUUUGUUGCUGUUUGACAAAGACCAGCUGUAUUUCUAUGCAUGUUCACUUUGUUAAAAACGUUUUGGGGUAAAAGAAAAAUACCUUUUUUUAUAAAAAAAAAGGG